GGUCUGACUCCUUCCACAAAGCAACGCGCGCCGGGCGCCGGGCAUGGCGCCCGUGGCGCGCUCGCGUGCAUGUCUGCGCGGCCUGCUCGCGGCCGUGGUCGCUGCUGCCGUGCUGGAGGUGGACGCUGGCCAGGCGGGCCCGGCGCGGUCUGCGGGCGGCAGCGCGGCGGGGCGCGCCGCGGCAGGCGGGCGCCUGGCCGUCGUGGACGCCGCCGGCGCUGUCCUGAGCUCGUCCCGGGCGGGCCUGUCGAGGAGGCUCAUUCGGGGGCGCCGAGUGGCGUGGCGGCCUUGGCAGCGCACGCGGCGCUGGCCGGCCAGUCGACCAACACGUCGACGCCAGCGCCCACGCCACGCCCAACGCCAGAGCCGACGGAAGCAACGCCAGCGCCUACGCCAGCCAAUGCGUCGACGCCAGAGCCGACGCCAGCGCCCACGCCAGCGCCCACGCCAGAGCCCACGCCGGAGCCGACGGAAGCAACGCCGGAGCCGACGCCAGAAGUGACGCCCGCGCCCACGCCGGAGCCGACGCAGGCACCCACCCCUGCACCAACCGCCGACCCUGAAGACGACUCGGGCAACGCCUCCGCGCCGUCGCCGGCCUCAAAGCCAACCUCCCCAGAGCCCGACGACGCCGACAACGCCACCCUCGCGGCGAAUGCGACCAACACCACCAACGCCACAAGUGCCAGCUCCGAGGGGGAGAGCGGCGCGAGGCCCGGCACGGAGGCUGGCCAGGGGGGCGGCGGGCCCCGCCCGGCCCCGAGCCCCGCGCCUGCCCCCGAGGGCACGGACAAGACCGACUGCCAGUGGGGCGAGUGGACCGAGUGGGAGAAGUGCACCAAGACCUGCGGAGGGGGGGUCCGCACGAAGACCCGCAACGUCUCCGUCGCGGCCAGCGACGGCGGCCAGGAGUGCGUGGGCUCGCCCAAGGUGACGAAGCCAUGCAACGUGCUCGACUGCCCCGUCGACUGCACGUGGACAGAGUGGGAGGACUGGAGCAAGUGCUCCAAGGAGUGCGGCUUCGGCGAGAAGCUGCGCACCCGCUCGGUGUCCAAGGAGGCCGCGUUCGGGGGCAGCGACUGCAGUGGCAACGCCACGGAGGUCCAGGCCUGCAACUCGUUCGACUGCCCCGUGGACUGCCAGUGGGGCGGCUGGGGCGGCUGGACCGACUGCUCGAGGACCUGUGGCGGCGGCAAGAGGUGGCGGGAGCGCGCGGUCGCGACGGAGCCCGCGGGCUCUGGCAAGCGCUGCAAAGGAGGGACCAAGCAGCAGCAGCGCUGCAAUGUAGUGGAGUGCCCGGUGGACUGCGCCUGGGACGACUGGGGCGGCUGGGAGAAGUGCUCCAAGCCGUGCGGCAACGGCACCGCCAACCGCAAGCGGACGGUGAAGGUCGCCCCAGCACACGACGGCAAGCUGUGCGAGGGCUCCGACGCAGAGGACAAGGUCUGCAACGCGCAGCCGUGCCCCGUGGAGUGCGAGUGGACGGACUGGAGCAGCUGGGGCGCCUGCACCGCGACCUGCGGCGGCGCCACCCGGGCGCGGAACCGCUCGCGGCGCGUGGAGGCCCAGUUCGGGGGCGCCCCCUGCACCGGCGCGGACGGCGAGACGCAGCCGUGCGAGACCGCGCCCUGCCCCGUGGACUGCUCGUGGCAGGAGUGGGGGCCCUGGCAGUCGUGCAUCUGCGGCGCCGGCGUGAAGUACCGGACGCGCGAAAUGGACCUGGAGUCCAACGGCGGCCAGAGCUGCCCCGACAAGGACACUGGGGGCAUGGAGAAGACCGCCUGCGACCCCGGCGAGGCGUGCGUGAGCGCCGUGAAGGCCGUGGACUAUGGCAACGGGUCCAAGCCGGAGAAUUCCCCCGAGGCGGCCAAGCGGGCUGCCGCCAACGGGACCUCGGUUGGCAGCUCGAGGGCGGCCCCUGGCAACGUGACCGAGCCAGGCACCGACAAGCCGGCCGAGGGGGCCAAGCCGGAUGCCGCCACGGGGACCGGGCCAGACGUCGCCAAGGGGACCAAGCCCGACGCCGCCAGCGGGUCCAAGCCGGACCCCGCCAAGGGGGCCAAGCCCGACGCCGCCAAUGGGUCCAAGCCGGACCCCGCCAAGGUUGCCAAGCCAGACGCCGCCAACGGGUCCAAGCCAGACGCCGCCAAUGGGACCGAGGCGGAUGCCGCCAACAGGACCAAAGGGGCGCAGCCAGACGCCGCCAAUGGGACCAGGCCAACCGCCGAGAAUGGGACCAAGCUGAACGCCAGCAACGGAACCACAACUGUUACAAUUGUUCCAAGAUCGGUCCCUGGACCCCUCGACGCCGUCAAUGGAACCGAGCCAUCCACCAACAGCUCAGUCGACAAAGCCGACAUCGCCAACGGGACCAAGCCAGGUGCCGACGAUGGUACCAAAGCCGACGCGGCCAACGAGACCAAGCCAGGUGCCGUUGACAAUACCAAAGCGGACGCGGCCAACGGGACCAAGCCAGGUGCCGUUGACAAUACCAAAUCGGACGCGGCCAACGGGACCAAGUCAGGAGCCGACGACAAUACCAAAGCGGACGCGGCCAACGGGACCAAGCCAGGAGCCGACGACAAUACCAAAUCGGACGCGGCCAACGGGACCAAGCAGGAGAAGUGGACGGUAUCGAUCGACAAAGAUGUCGGGCAGUCGUUAGGGAUCGAGUACACCGUCCCCGAGAACGGCAAAGAGACUGGUACCGACCUGCCGAUCCUCAAGAUCAACGGCUCUGGGCUCUUGGCCGACUGGAACAAGAAGAAUUCGGACCGCGAGGUGAAGGAGGGCGACGUGAUCGUCGAGGUGAACGGCAAGAACAGCGCCUCCGACAUGGCAGACGAGCUCGGUCUGAUCAAGAAGCUGGACAUCGUGAUCUUCAGACCAGCUCCGAACGGCAGUUCCGGCGCGUCCAGCUCCGACACUACCGCCUCUGUCAGUCCGAGAUCAGCUCCGACGUCCUCCCCGUCUGCUGCGGGCGGGGAAGAUGGUCGCGCGGCGUCGGUGGUGGGCAGCGCGGUGGGCAGCGGCAGCAACGCCUCUGGCAUCAGCUCCGAUGGCAAUGCCUCCAGCAAUGGCUCCGGCAAUGGCUCCCAGUAUUCCGGGCAGGUCGUGGGCAUCAUCCUGCUUACCGUCGGACAGGGCAGGGGGGCGACCUUCGCCGGCAAGUCCGCCGCAGCCACAGCGAUGCGCGAGGCCGUUGCUGCGCUUGCAGGGGUGCCUCCUGCGCUGGUCAAGGCAAACGUGACGGUGCUCCCUAACAACUCCCUGGCCGUCCAGUUCGUGGUGGAGAUGUCGCAGUUGUCGGGCGUGAGCUACGCAGACGAGGACAGCUUUGCCCAGGCACUGGCGAAGAAGGACCUCUCCAGCGUCCAGGAGGAGGUGAACCUCGCCCUCGCCAAGCACGACCUCGAGUUCGCCGUGCAGGUCCAGGCGAUCCAGGCCCUCUGGGCCGUCGAGCAGCAGGCAGGCGAGGAGCAGGCGGGCGUACGGCAGAGCGCACCGCGCGUCAGCAGCUACAGGCCGCCGCCGCCGCGCGCGGGCGGACGCAUGAGCUCGGACUGGCAGAAGCUCGGGGAGGACACCUGGUACCGGAAGCGCAAGGUGUACUCGGCUCACUGGGACGAUGAGCCCGACCGGCUGCGCGUCUCGGUCGUGGCGGGGGCGCCCUUCGGAGGGCCCGUGGCCACCGUGCGGGACGAGGAGCGCCGGAUGGGGCAAGCGGGGCGGCAGCGGCACGGAUCCUUGUCGCCGCGGGCCCGGCCAGGGCGACUCAUCGCUUCCACGCCGUGGCCCCACACGGGCCUCCUCACCAUGGGCUGGAGUUCGGAGGAGACCCUGGUCUGUGUGUUCGAGGCUGGCGCCGUGAGGACGUUCAACGUAAUGUGCGAGCAGCUGCACUCGUUCACCGUGGACGACCGCAUCAAGGGCGAGGGCGGUGCCGUCCUGGCCACGCUUUGGUCGGCGGGCGUGGCGCUGCUCACCAAGAGGCUGAAUCUCUUCUUGAACACGUCGUUCUCCAGGUCAGGCGACGCCUGCUACAAGUGCGCCGACCUGAAGGUCCCGGCGACGACGACCCUCUCCCCCGUUCCGCAGGGCACCUCCGCCGACGUACGCGUCAUCGUGGGGUCCGCGGAGGGUCCCGUGUACCUCGCCGACCGGCACGAGGUGCGCGAGCUCUCCCCGGCGGGGCUCACGGAGGGGCCGUACAUGGCGUUCGCCGUGUCCAGCAGCGGCAGGUUCCUGGCCUGUCUCAGCACCAAGGGCGUCUUCAAGGUCCUGGCCGUCGGCGACGACAUGCGGGUGUUGGACGUUGCAAACAUCCAGGUGUAUAAGAAGCCCAGGCAGAUGGUGUGGUGCGGUGAUGACUGCAUUGCGCUGUACUGCGUCACCCCAGCCGCAAAUCAGCAGCACGGUCAGCACGUGCUGUUCGUCGGAGGCCCGCAGAACGAGUGGAUACCGUAUGAGUACAGUACGCCACUCCACCUCGUGCCCGAGUGCGACGGCUGCAGGAUCCUGGGCGCUCAGACCGUGGAGUUUGUGCAGCGCGUGCCCGAGAGCACCCAGGCCAUCUACGGGGUCGGCAACUGCGACCCCCCUGCGAUGCUGUGCUACGCGCUCGAGAGGUACGAGAAGGGCGACGUCUGCGCACAGGAGUCCCUGAAGCUGAUCAAGGACGACCUCGGCGACGCCGUGGCCACUUGCAUCGACGCCGCGGUCCACGAGCACGAGCCGGAGGUGGUCGAGUCCCUGCUGAACGCCGCCGUCUUCGGGCGCCACUUCCUGGCGGAGCCGGCGGAUCCCGAGAGGUUCAUCGACGCCUGCAGGAGGCUCCGCAUCUGCUUGGAGGUCAGGAAGGCGCCGCUCGAGGUGCCGCUCACGGUGCCCCAGCUGGACCGCCUCACCGCCCGCGGCUUGGCCCAGAGGCUUGCGUGGCGGCACCACCACUUCCUGGCAGCCCGGAUCUGCGAGUGGGUGGGCGAGCCCAAGGGCAGCGUGCUCCUCCACUGGGCGUGCGAGAAGAUCAAGCACGCCCGCGGCUCGGCCGAGACGGACGAGCAGUUGAGCAAGGCCAUCCUCGCCAAGCUCAGGGGCGGCCCGGGAAGCGGCCACGCAGAGGUGGCCAGGGUCGCCGCCGAGAACCACCGGCCGCGGCUGGCCACGAUGCUGCUGGAGCACGAGCCGUGCGGGCACGCGCAGGUGGAGGUGCUGCUGCAGCUCAGCAGGGAAGGAGGCGACAGCGACAGCAGCCAGAUGAUGCUGAAGCUCGCCAUCGAGAAGGCCGCGCAGAGCCACGACCCGGACCUGCUCUACAGCUCGGGGGGGCGAAGGAGUGUCAGCUCUGUGCCCGAGAAAGCCCCGCAGGAGCUGCAGGCGGUCGGGGACGUGUUCGUCGCGAUCCUGCACCGCGGAGAGCAGUUCGACCGGGCCCGGUCGUUCCACGAGCAGCUCGGGAAGAGCCGCCAGGCCGCCUUCUCGAUGGUCCAGCAGGUGUUCCGCAAGAGGGACCCGCUGGAGCGCGCCAAGUGGCUGAGACUGGCCAAGGACUGCUUCGAGAAGCUCGAUGCCGGGGCCCCCGAGCCUGAGCGCCUCUCCGCGCAGUUCUGCGCGCAGGCCUGCACCGAGGAAGCCGACCUGCUGAAGAAGCAGGAGGAGCUGGAGGCCAAGUCCGUGAGCAAGCGCUGGCUCGACGGGCCCCACAGGUUCUGCGGCCUCUCGCUGGUGGGCACCCUCUCGAAGCUCAUCGCGCUGCAGGAGUCCGGCGAAGCGGACACCCUGCGGGCGGAGUUCAAGAUAUCGGACAGGCGGUACUGGCGGAUAAAGGUGCAGGCUCUCGCAGACGCCGGCAACCUCGACGAGCUCAACAUCAUGGCGACCCAGCGCACCUCGCCCGUGGGCCACGAGCUCGUCAUAGAGGCCUUCCUCAGGCACCGGCGCGAGGACCUCGCGCGGCCGUUCGUGGCCAAGGUGCGGGACUUCGCCCAGCAGGCCGCCUACUACGACAGGAUGGGCAUGCGCGAGGAGGCUCAG